UCCUCUCUUUCCUUUCUCUCUCAAUCUCUCCUUUGACCUCACUUCACCCUUAAAAUCUCCACCACUUUUUCUUGGCUUCAAUCACAUUUUUUUUUCUUUUCAUCUCCUCUCAGAAAUCAAAAUCAUGGCUAAGUCACUGUAUUUUUUAUGCAUAAUUGCACUGGUACAACUCUUAGAAUUCAUCCCUUCUUGCAUGACCCAAUUUGCGACUACCCCACCUUUGCCGGUUCUUCCAAUUCCCACAGCAUCCCAGUUGAAAUGGCAACAGAGAGAAAUCAUAAUGUUCUUCCACUUCGGCAUGAACACGUUCACAGAUUCAGAGUGGGGGACUGGGCAAGAGAACCCCAAUCUAUUCAACCCCACUGGGCUUGAUGCUAGACAGUGGGUCAGCACAGCAGCUGAGGCUGGAUUUUCUUUGGUGAUUCUCACUGCAAAGCAUCAUGAUGGCUUCUGCUUGUGGCCUUCUAAGUACACUGAUCAUUCAGUCGUGAGUAGUCCAUGGAAAAACGGCCAUGGAGAUGUGGUUAGAGAUCUUACCAAUGCAGCCAAGGCUCAAGGCAACAUCGAUGUUGGCCUGUAUCUCUCGCCAUGGGACCGACAUGAUCAAAGAUAUGGGAAAAACCAGGAGUACAAUGAGUAUUACUUAGCUCAACUGCAAGAGCUUCUUAAGCAAUAUGGGGUCAUACAAGAGAUUUGGUUCGAUGGAGCAAAAGGUGAGGAUGCAGCAAAUAUGUCAUACUACUUUGAAGAAUGGUUUGAAAUGGUGAAGGAAUUGCAGAGUUCCAUUAAUAUAUUUUCCGAUGCUGGCCCUGAUGUCCGCUGGGUUGGGAAUGAGAAUGGAUUUGCAGGGAACACUUCAUGGUCUACCAUCAAUCGGACAUUGCUCUCAAUCGGGAAUGGAGAUAAUGUUGGCUACCUCAACACUGGUGAUCCUCAAGGGACGGAUUGGGUGCCACCAGAAUGUGAUGUUUCAAUCCGGCCGGGAUGGUUCUGGCAUGCAUCCGAACAACCGAAGGAGCUUAGCCAACUCCUUGAAAUAUACUAUAACUCGGUUGGCAGAAACUGUGUGCUGCUAUUCAAUGUGCCACCCAAUUCAACUGGACUUAUAUCCGAAAUUGAUGUUCAAAGAUUGAUGGAAUUCAAGAAGGCCAUUGAUACAACAUUUUCAACCAAUUUGGCUGAGAAAAGCUCGGUAGAUGCUAGUAGCCAAAGAGGAGGUCAGAAUGGUGGCUUUGGCCCUGAAAAUGUGCUAGACGACGACAAUUUAUGGACAUACUGGGCACCAGACGAGGGAGCAGCAGGCCAGCAUUGGAUUGAAAUCAAGGCGGCGAGUGGAGGCCUGAGGUUUAAUGUGAUAAGGAUUCAAGAACCGAUCGGGCUAGGUCAGAGGAUCAUAGGGCAUGAGGUUUAUGCAGAUGGGAAGCUGAUUGCGGAAGGGACGACAGUGGGACACAAGAGGCUUCACAGGCUUGGAGAUGUGGUUGAGGCUACUGUUGUGAAGGUCCAGAUCUUGGAAUCUAAGGGAGUGCCUUUGGUAUCCUCCUUUGGCCUGCAUUUUGAUCCUUUUGGGCAGCCAAAUGGGACUUCAGUUUACAAAGGGUUGUCUUAUUGACGGUUUUUGCUUUUUGCCUUACUGCAUGCAAUUGCUCAUUGCCCAUGGUAUAUUGUUUGAGCUCUCAGAUUGUUUUAUAUAUACAAAGAGAAUAAGCAGUGGUAAUGGUAUAAGGCAUAAAGGUUGUUGGGGUUCCUGCUAUGGCAGAUGUGAGAAUUCUGAAGCUAACAUUUAUGCAUAGGAAAUAGACUCUUG